GCGUGACGGGCUGGAUUCUAAGCAGAUAGCACCCUCUUGGCACUGAAUCAAGGAAUGGCAAGAGAAAUAGCAGGCACAGCAGAGUUAACAGCUCAAAGGAGAAGACAAGGCUCAGACCAGAGGAGGCAACUAAAUUUGGAUUCCCUCCUAAAGACGACAGCCAGCCCGCCCGCCAGCUAGCCAGCAAAUCAUUAAAUCUAUCCAAUCAAUCAAUUGAUCAAUCAACCAACCAACAAGAAAACAAGGGGGAAAGGACAAGCUAAGUUUGUUAGAGUUUGUUCUCUGGCGGGCUAGAUUUGUGUGUCGUUUGAUAGGCCAGUUGUUGGGUUGGGGGAUUAGCGCCAGGGGAGUCACAUCGCUUAAGGGAGGGGGGGCACAUUCCUGAGGUGUCUCGGUUUGAAAUGAGCUUGUGAGGAAACAAGCCGCAGACCAGAGGAGAUUUGCUCCUCGGAGCUUUGCCAACAAGCGUUUGCCAACAGAUAUUGAAGGAGUUUGGCGUGGGGUUUAGCAGGGAAGUGUGCGGGAAACACAGGCGGUCCCCCUCAAUCACAAAGGAGAUACUCCACACGAGGAGAAGUUGACUACUAUCCCACUUUUGUAAUUUUCUUGGAAGACAGAACUUAAAACCUUUACUUAGCUGACAACUGCAGCGAAGACCUAGCUUUCAAGUAAACAAGCUUUAUAUAUUCUAAAUAGCUGUCAAAGCCAAUUCUGAAAGUUGAAUGCCAGCAAGGGAGGGAAUGCUGUCCAGACUAUUGCACAGAGUGUUCCAGGAAUGACUAUCUGCCUGAUGGUCAGAAGUCAUGGGUGUGCACUUGCUAACUAGAUCCCCAUAACAACCCUGCAAGAUUCCUGUAAAACACCUAGGAAGGCUUUAAAGAAAUAACAACUCCAUAACUUGUGCUUCUCAUUCUCUCUCUCUCUUUGCAGCUUUUCAAUGUCAGAAGUGACCUAUCUCACCCACAAGGGGAUCUUUUUCCCCAUGCUCGAUGAUUAUACAGCAGACAAUCUCAGCUUUGUGGUAAAUGAAUUUCAGCUGUUGGAUGACGAUGUAGUGAAUGUUGCUUAUAUGAAAUCAGGGACCAACUGGAUGGCGGAGAUCUUGGGUUUGAUCCAGCAUGAUGGGGACCCCACCUGGGUACGCAGUACCUCAGUGUUUCAACGGACACCCUGGUUGGAAUGUGUUAGCGGCUUGAAGAAUGCCCUGAAAUAUCCUUCACCCAGGAUGAUGAAUUCUCACCUUCCAGUCCAGCUUUUCCCUAAAUCCUUUCUCAACUCCAAGGCCAAGCUGGUCUAUACCUUACGCAACCCCAAGGACGUGCUGAUCUCACACUACUACUUCUCCAAGGUUAUGAAGGGAUUGAAAGACCCUGGAACAGUCCAAGAGCACCUGGAAGAGUUCCUGAGUGGGAAUGUGCCCUAUGGCUCUUGGUUUGACCACGUGAAAGGCUGGAUGGAGAUGAAGGACAGAGCCAACUUCUUCCUCAUCACCUACGAAGAGAUGCAGCAGGACCUGCGAGGCAGUGUGGGGAGGAUCUGCCACUUCCUUGGUAAGGAGCUGAACAGCCAGCAGAUUGACUCGGUGGUGGAAAAUGCCUCCUUCCAGAAGAUGAAGGACAACAAGAUGUCCAACUUCUCCCAAGUACCCGACAUGUAUAUGGACCACAGUAAAGGAAAGCUAAUGAGGAAAGGGAUCUCCGGAGACUGGAAGAACCUCUUGACAGUGGCCCAGAGUGAACACUUUGACCGUGUUUAUCGGGAGAAAAUGUUGGGUAUGAACAUGACCUUCCCAUGGGACUGAAGAUUGCCAGGCGAUUCCUCAUAGCAUUGUGUGUGCUCAUAUUCCAUAUCUCAUCUGCUGCAAGCCCCUUCAUGGCAUCACCAGGCAGAAGAAAUAUUGAAAAGAAUCUUGCAGUAUAUGAUAUAGUCUCCAACAAUCCUGUUUAGCUUGCUCCUAAAAGUGAGUCACAAUAAAAAGGAAGUCCAUGCUCGCAAUCAUAUGUCUCCAAAAUGUUCUGCUGAAAUACCAACAGUCCAUCUGGAUUUGCAAAUAGGUAAUCCAAACCAUUUUCCUGACGAGACCAAGAGUCAUCCAUGGCUCAUUCAAGGAGGCUUUUCUUCAAGAGUUUUUUUAAAAGGAAAAUUAAAGAUACCGCGGGAAACUACUUAAAUCGUGCUUAAAUCUUACUCAGACAUUUAGAAGAGCAGAUCUUCAUUUACUUCAUGGGGCCAUAGCUUCCGAUUUCCCGGCAGAAUACUGUCAUUGGGCAGGUACCAGACCAUCCCUCAUCGAUUAUAUGGUGGUAUCUAGAAAUGUAUUACCUUAUUUACCCUAUGUAUUACCUUAUAUGAGGGAUUUUCGGGUGAUUACACUUACUGAAAGUGAUCAUUCACCUCUCAUUUUGACUUUGGUAUUAAAUGAAACACUUUAUUUAGAGUUUCUUCAGCGCCUUGUAAGUAAGGAGGAAUAGGUCUGGAUUAGGGCCAGAUGGACACCAGCUCUUCAACAAUGUAUUUAAAAAAUACUAUACUCCCCUGUGGUGUCUGGCCUCCAGACAGAUAUAAUCAAUGGCUUUUAUAAUGGUACAGAACCAUCCCCAGUUGAGUUAUAUGAUCGUCUGAUCGCUUCUCUUACAUCAGCUCUAACAAGCUCAACCUCCGCACCUCUCAAGAUAUUUAAUCGCUCUUCGCAUACCUGGUUUGACCAGGAAUGCCUCAAGGCCAAGAGGAAAUUAAUUUAUCACUUUAAAUUGUAUGGCAAAGGCACCUCUAAUGUUGCACCACAAACUUUGGUAACCCUCAAGAAGCAAUAUAAGAACUUGCUAAGAAAUAAGAAACUCCAGGCCAAAGAAAAGGAAUGGGCUGACCUCAUUGCCGCUUCUAAACUUAAAAAUCAGACUAGAUUCUGGCGGCAAAUUUCAUGUCCUUUAGGGAGGGCCCCUUCUAUUUCUAAUUUGGCAAUUCCAGAUGGGAUAUGGGAACAAUAUCUCAAUGUUAUAUCAAAAAGAGGGCUCCCAUUCGUCUAUAAUUGAUUAUAAGCCAGACCAGUUUCCAAGCUGGAGCCCAAUCACUGUCUCGGAAGUUGACACUUUGAUUAAAAAAUGUAAGACGGGUAAAGCUUCUGGAAUUGACUGUAUUACAAUUGAAAUUAUUCACAAAAACCUUGACUGGUGGGCUCCUCUUCUUGCUUCCUUAUUUACCUUCAUAGAUCCUACUUCAAAAAUGCCCGAGGAUUGAGGUGUCUCGGUAAUAGUCCCCAUUUACAAGAGAGGAUCAAGGGAGGAAGGAUCCUAAUAAUUAUCACUCGAUUAUUCUCCUUAGCAUGAUUAGUAAACUCUAUGCUAGACAUCUCUUGGGGAAACUACAGGAAUGGCUGAAUACUCAGGAUAUCUUAUCCGCUGAACAAGCGGGAUUUCGAGAAGGAUAUUCUACAACACAGGAAGAAUUUAUUUUACAGUACUUAGCUGAGAAAUAUUCCUCCUCGCCUAAAUCCUCCCUGUAUGCUGCGUUUAUAGAUUUUAAAGCAGCUUUUGAUUCUAUUUCCAGAGACUUUGGAUGAAGUUAAAGAAAUCAUCAAUAGAUCCACAUUUACUUUUAUUAAUCUACAAUUUUCAUCAGAACACCCGCCUCAGAGUGCGGUGUAGUAGGAAAGGGCAUCUCUCAGCUGAGAUACCUACUUAUAGAGGAGUAUGACAAGGUUGUAUUCUUGCCCCUGUUUUAUUUAAUUUUUAUAUAAAUUCAAUAAUUUCUCAUCUGAAUGACCUUGCUCUUCUUCCCCCUAAACUUGUGAAUAGGCAUAAGAACAGCCCUGCUGGAUCAGGCCCAAGGCCCAUCUAGUCCGGCAUCCUGUUUCACACAGUGGCCCACCAGAUACUGCUGGAAGCCUACAGGCAGGAGUUGAGAGCAUGCCCUCUCUCCUGCUGUUAAUCCCCUGCAACUGGUACUCAGAGGCAUCCUGACUUUCAGGCUGUAGGUGGCCUAUAGCCCUCUAACUAGUAGCCGUUGAUAGAGCUCUCCUCCAUGAAGUUAUCCAAACCCCUCUUAAAGCCAUCCAGGUUGUUGGCUGUCUCCACAUCUUGUGGCAGAGAAUCCCACAAGUUGAUUAUGCGUUGUGUGAAAAAGUACCUCCGUUUGUUGGGCCUAUAUUUCCUGGCCAUCAAUUUCAUGGGAUGACCCCUGGUUCUAGUGUUGUGUGAGAAGGAGAACAAUUUCUCUCUAUCCACUUUCUCCACACCAUGCAUGAUUUUAUAGACCUCUAUCAUAUCUCCCCGCAGUUGUUUUUUUUUCUAAACUAAAAAGCCACAGGUGUUGUAGUCUUGCCUCAUAAGAAAGGUGCUGUAGGCCCCUGAUCAUCUUGGUUGCCCUCUUCUGCACCUUUUCCAGUUCAACAAUGUCCUUUUUUGAGAUGUGGUGACCAGAAUUGUAUACAAUACUCCAAUUGUGGUUGCACCAUAAUUUUGUAUAAGGGCAUUAUAAUAUUAGCCGUUUUAUUAUCAGUCCCCUUCCUAAUAAUCCUUAGCAUGGAAUUGGCCUUUUUUACAGCUGCCGCACAUUGAGUCGACACUUUCAACGAGCUGUCCACCAUGACCCCAAGAUCCCUCUCCUGGUCAGUCACCGACAGCUCAGAUCCCAUCAGUGUAUACUUGAAGUUGGGGUUUUUCUAUUGUUUCGUUACUGCUUUAUGCUGAUGAUAUUGUCCUAUUAUCUCAAACCACGAUAGGGUUAAGCCGUGAAGGAAGCCGUGGAGGUAAACUAUACCAAGACUAAGGUGAUAGUUUUUGCAAAACACCCCAAAACUCAUAAAUUGUCCAUAAAUGGACAUAAUAUUGAGCAGGUCAAGGUUUGCAAGUAUUUAGGGGUUGUAUUUCAUUCCAGCGGAUCCUGGAAAGCUCAUCUUAGCUUUGUUUCUCACAGUGCCCAACAGACGGAAAAUGUGAUAAAAUCUUUUUACUUCUCGAGAGGUGCUCCUUUUGUCCCGGCGGCUGUCAGAUUAUUUAAAGCUAAAAUAUACCCGCCAAUUGUUUAUGGCGCGCAAAUUGGGCCUUUUGAUAAUUUUACAAUCUUAGAAGCAGUUCAAACUAAAUUCUUAAGGGCCAUCCUUCAAGCCCCCAGAGGCUCAGCUAACGUGGCUCUUUGUAGAGAAGUUGGGGUUACCACCUUGAAAAUGAAAAUCUGGAUUUGGUUUUCUUCCCAGUCGGUUUAGUGCCUUUAGUAUUAAUUGACAGCUUUACAUCUAAAUAGGAAAUAGCUCUGAAAACAAAAUUGCAUCAACUGGGCAUGUCCCAAGAAACCUGUUACUUCUAUAAAUGUGGCUAAGUUUUGUUUUGUUGAAUCCAAACUUCUUAGAGCUUCUAUAAGCAAUUUGAAUAUUUUGUAAAUUAUAAAUGCAUUAUUUUAAAUGUUAAGCUGGUCUAAGGACCAUAAUAAAUUUACUUACUUACUUACAGUGCUCACA